UUCAUCUUUGACGGCCUGGAUGAAAGCAGACUUUCACUGGAUUUCAACAACAAAGAGCUCGUGUCUGAUGUCACACAGGAGUCAUCAGUCAGCGUGCUGUUGACAAGCCUCAUCAAGGGGAAUCUGCUUCCCUCGGCUCUCAUCUGGAUAACUUCCAGACCUGCAGCAGCCAAUCAGAUCCCUCCUUCACGUGUUGACAGGGUAACAGAAGUACGAGGCUUCACUGACGCUCAGAAGGAGGAGUACUUCAGGAGGAGAGUCAGUGAUGAAGAUCUGUCCAGCAGAAUCAUCUCACACAUCAAGACCUCCAGGAGCCUCUACAUCAUGUGUCUGAUCCCAGUCUUCUCCUGGAUCACUGCUACAGUUCUGGACCACAUGUUGCCCACAGACCAGAGAGGAGAGCUGCCCAAGACCCUGACUGACAUGUACUCACACUUCCUGCUGGUUCAGACAAAGAGGAAGAAGAAGAAGUACAAUGAAGGACAUGAGAUGAGUCCACAGAAGCUGACGGAGGCUGACAGGGAAGUUCUUCUGAAGCUGGGGAGGCUGGCGUUUGAACAGCUGGAGAAAGGAAACAUCAUGUUCUACCAAGAAGACCUGGAGCAGUGUGGUCUGGAUGUCACAGAGGCCUCGGUGUACUCAGGAGUUUGUACAAAGAUCUUCAAAAGAGAGAGCGUGAUCUUCCAGAAAACAGUCUACUGCUUUGUUCAUCUGAGCAUUCAAGAGUUUCUGGCUGCAGUCUACCUGUUCCACUGUUACAACAACAAGAAGACAGGGGUACUGGAGGACUUCCUGAAAGAGGACAAAUUCAGAGAGGUGGAGGACAAUGACCAUUACCCGACCGUGGAUGUCUUCCUGAUGAAGGCCGUGGAGAAAUCCCUUCAAAGUAAAAAUGGUCACCUGGACCUGUUUGUUCGCUUCCUUCAUGGCCUCUCUCUGGAGUCCAACCAGAGACUCUUAGGAGGCCUGCUGGGUCAGACAGACAACAGUCCAGAAAUCAUCCAGAGAGCCAUCAACAACCUGAAGAAGAUGAACAGUGGUGAUAUCUCUCCUGACAGAAGCAUCAACAUCUUCCACUGUCUGAUGGAGAUGAACGAUGACUCAGUCCAUCAGGAGAUCCAAGAGUUCCUGAAGUCAGAGAACAGAUCAGAGAAGGAACUCUCUGAGAUCCACUGCUCAGCUCUGGCCUACAUGCUGCAGAUGUCAGAGGAGGUUCUGGAUAAGUUGGACCUGAAUGUGUACAACACAUCAGAGGAGGGACGACGGAGACUGAUUCCAGCUGUGAGGAACUGCAGAAAGGCUGUACUUUCUCUCUGUGGACUCUCAGAGCCUCACUCUGAAGUCGUGGCCUCAGCUCUGAAGUCCAACCCCUCCCAUCUGAGAGAACUGGACCUGAGUCACAACUACCUGAAAGAUUCAGGAGUGAAGCUUCUGUCUGCUGGACUGGAGAGUCCAAACUGUAGACUGCAGACUCUGAGAUUGGAGUGCUGCAGUUUGUCAGAGAUCAGUUGUGCUUCUCUGGCCUCAGCUCAUCUGAUGUUUAAUUAA